AUGUUGCGAGGUCUCCUGCUGCUGACAUGGCUAACACUGUCAUCCCAACCCACUGAGAGUCUAACAGGUGAUAUUCUUGAGAAGUCAAAUGUCCAACUUCAAAAAAUUAUGAGCAGGUUUGGUUUUGUUGCACGUAGCUGCAAAGAUAUUCAACAGAAAUAUGGUGUUCAAGAAGAUGGCCUGUACUACCUCAGCUCGUCCAAUGGGGUGCUGUACCAGACGUACUGUGACAUGACCACAGCAGGUGGUGGCUGGACUCUGGUGGCCAGUGUACACGAGAACAACAUCUAUGGGAAAUGCACUGUGGGGGACCGGUGGUCCAGCGAGCAGGGAAGCAAUCCCAACCGCCCUGAUGGAGAGGGCACAUGGGCCAACCUGAACACCUUUGGGACUGCAGAGGGGGCAACAUGUGAUGACUACAAGAAUCCUGGCUACUAUGACAUGAUAGCAGGUGAUGUGUCUAUUUGCCAUGUCCGUAACAACGCUCCACUACAGAACUGGACCAUUGCUUCAGUCCUACGAUACCACACAGAAACAAGCUUCCUCACACUGCAUGGAGGAAACCUCUACCAACUCUUCAAGCGCUUCCCAGUGAGGUACAACAUUGGAGCAUAUGGCACCAACAAUGGACCGUCUAUUCCUGUGGUGUAUGAUUACGGAAAUGCUGACACCACAAGAGACUUGUAUGCUUCAAAUUCUAGAAAUGAGUUCCGUCCUGGUUUCAUCACCUUCAGUGUGUUCAACAACGAAAGGGCAGCAAUGGCCAUCUGUUCUGGAGUCAAACCCACUGGGUGCAACACUGAGCAUUAUUGCAUUGGUGGUGGGGGACACUUUCCUGAAGCUGCUCGGCAGUGUGGCGACUUCACAAGCUUUGACUGGGAUGGUUAUGGGACACAUAGCGGGUGCAGCUCAUCCAGAGAGAUGACUGAAGCUGCAGUGUUGCUUUUCUACCGCUGAGUCUCCACAAUAACACUGAGGUUCCACAGAUGAACAAGAUACAAUGUUUGAAUCAAUGGUCCGCUCGGGGACAGGCAGCCUACGUUUCUGAUAUUUCACAUUUCUAUCCCAUAGUAAGUGGUGGAAAGAUAGUGUAAAUCUGCUGAAAGAUAUUUCUCACCCCCUCGUUUCUGGUUAUCUUAUUGCUGAGGUCCACAUUACAGUUAGAUUAGUCUCCUCUACUUAUAGAGCUUUCUUUUCAGGCUUCAGUGCGUUCAUCUGUUAAUUUCCUGCCAUUACACUUGUAUAAGCACAUACAAUAAGCAUUCAACUAACAGGCUACACGCAGAAUCUUGUACUUGAAUGUCUUUUUCCUUAUUCUCUCAACAUACUGUAGGCCUACUGAUCAUAAAUGGACUAGCGCUGUGGUGAAUGCUCUCCAAUGCUCUUUCACACUACGGUCACUCAUAUCCAAUGGCAAGAGGCAGCACACCAGGAUCUAUUUGAGGUUCAAUGUCUUGCUUGGGCAGGGUCAGGAUUUUAGUUUAGACAGUAAACCAUGGGAAGACAUGACUUCCACUUCACCACGGAGUUCAGAAGUAUUUAUGCUAUUUAAUGCUACCAUCAAUAUUAACUCAU